AAGCCUGUAAAAAGACUAUGCGGAUCAGUGCAUGUGUUUCUGGCUUUGCCUUUGAUGAGAUAUCACACUAUUUUAUCCCCAAAUUAAGACAUUUCAGCUCAUCACAUUUCAGCAAAUUGUCAUCUGACACCAAACUUACAAUGGGACGGAAAAGGAGACGCAACAGGAUGCAGAAUAACAAAGAGGGAGGUGAUGGAGGAGGCAGUGGUGGAAAAUGGCGUGGUGCUAACAGUGGAAAGGCUGGACUUGGAUAUUCAAAUGUUGUCAUGGAUAAUCCUGCCUUUGAAAAUUAUUAUAAGGAGCAGAAUCUUGUCCCUGAGGGUGAGUGGGAUCAGUUCAUGGCUUCCCUCAAGACACACCUUCCUGCAACUUUCAGGAUCACAGGAUUUAGAGGUCAAGCCAACCAAGUAUUGAGAUACCUGAAAGGAGAGUGCUUUAAUGAAUUGCUCAAGUCUGAUGCAGAAGAGGCUAUUGAAACAAAACCAACAGCGAUACCAUGGUAUCCAGAUGAAUUGGCUUGGCAGCUCAAUCUCAGCAGGAAAAACAUCAGAAAAAUGCCAACACUGGAGAAACUUCAUCUCUUUCUCAUCUCAGAAACUGAGAGUGGUAACAUUAGUCGUCAAGAGAUCGUGAGCAUGAUCCCUCCUAUCUUACUCCAAGUCAAACCCCAUCAUAAAGUCCUAGACAUGUGUGCUGCUCCUGGGUCUAAGACUGCUCAGCUCAUUGAAAUGCUUCAUGCUGAAGAGACAAUGGGUUGGCCAGAGGGUUUUGUGAUCGGCAAUGACAGUGACAACAAACGUUGUUAUAUCAUGGUUCACCAAGCCAAGAGACUCAAUAGCCCAUGCUGCAUGGUUGUUAACCAUGAUGCAUCAGUGUUUCCACGGUUACAGGUUCCGGGACCAGACGGUGGCAUGACCAACGUUGAGUAUGAUAGGAUACUCUGUGACGUUCCAUGUGGGGGAGACGGUACAAUGAGGAAGAACUAUGCCAUUUGGAAGAGAUGGACGCCUCUCAGUGGAUUCAACCUUCAUCCGCUCCAGCGAAGGAUACUUCUUCGAGGGAUAGAGCUUCUAGCAGUUGGUGGACGAUUAGUGUACUCGACCUGCUCCUUUAAUCCCGUCGAGAAUGAAGCCGUUAUUGCUGGUGUCUUGAAACAAUGUGAAGGAGCUGUGGAGCUAGUUGAUGUAUCUGAUGAACUGCCUGGAUUGAAACGUAUCCCAGGAAAAACAACUUGGAAGGUGAUAGAUGACAAGGGUCAGAUCUUCACAUCAUUUGAGGAGGUCCAAGAGAGAGAAGAUCGGGAGAAGAGAAGAAGAUACAAACCUUCAUUCUUUCCUCCAUCUGAAGAGGAAGCAAAGGAUAUGAAUUUAACAAGAUGUGUUCGCAUCCUACCCCAUCAUCAAGACACGGGAGGCUUUUUUGUUGCUGUUCUUCAGAAGACACGACCACUACCUUGGAUGAAACAGGACAAAACCAAUGACAAAGAAACCUCACAAGAUGACAUCUCUUUUGACCAGCCAUCUGAAGCAUUGGAGACCAGUGAGGAUGUGUCGUCUGCCGUAGGGGAGACGAAUGAAUCGGAUGUGUCGUCUGCCGCAGGGGAGACGAAUGAAUCGGAUGUGUCGUCUGCCGCAGGGGAGACGAAUGAAUCGGAUGUGUCGUCUGCCGCAAGGGAGACGAAUGAAUCGGAUGUGUCGUCUGCUGCAAGGGAGACGAAUGAAUCGGAUGUAUCUUCUGCUGUUACAGAUGAACCAACCGUGUCCUCAACUAAUGACACAAGCCAGGAGAGUACAGAAACAGACAAAUCUGAUAAACCAACGGAUGCCAAUGGUUCUCAAAUGGGACCUCCAUCCAAGAAAGCAAGGUUUACAAUCUUCAGGGAAGAUCCUUUUGUCUUCUUCAAGGAGGGAGAGGAUGUCUGGCCACCCAUCAAACAGUUCUAUGAUAUGGAAGACUCAUUCCCCAUCACUCAGCUCCUGACCCGGUGUUAUGUGGGCAAGAAACGUAACAUCUACCUCACUAACAAACUCAUCAAAGGAAUCUUAGAACAUAAUGACAAGAGGAUCAAGGUGAUCAAUUCUGGAGUGCGUGUGUUGGCCAGGAGUGAUGCUCAUGAUGUAGCAUGUGAUUUCAGGUUAUCACAAGAGGGCAUCAACGUGAUAUAUCCUUACAUCAGAGAUAGGAAGAUAACCAUUACAAGGGAAGAUGUGAUCACACUCUUUUCAGAGGAAGCACCCUUCACCAAGAACUUUUCAGAAGGCAUAAGGGAUACGCUGGAAAACACACCUAUGGGAGCAGUGAUUCUAACCUACCAUCCUAAGACAAAGAGUGGAGAAGAACCAGACUCGUCAAUCAUCCUAGUAGCCUGGAGGGGGAAGACGUCCCUGCGCUCUUACGUCGCCAAGAACGACCGGCAGCACAUCCUACGGAUGGUGGGAGGACCGGUGGAGGCUUACAAGAAACCAUCCCCACCAGUCAGGACUAACGCAGAAGCAGACAACACCUCUGAAAGGACUGAAGGAAUACCAGAGGAUGGAGGUGGGGAUGGUGGUGAUGCAGUCAUGGAAGAAGAUGGAGGGAAUGAGGAACAGGGUGAAGAUGCUACAAUAGAUGAUGAUGAUGAUAAGAAAGAGGAAGAGGAGAAGAAUGGAACAGAGUGAGGGAAUAUGAUAUCAGAGGAUGCAGGUUAUAUAGCUGGAUGAUGGAGGGAAUGAAGAACAAGAUGAAGAUGCUACAAUAGGUGUGGAUGUGGAUGAAAACUAAAAGGAAGAGAAGGAAAUGGAAAUGAGUAAAGGUGUACCAAAUCCAACAGGGCUGCAAGAUAAAGAUGAGAGGGAACAAAAAAAAACAGCAAAGAUGACAAGAUGGACAUUUACAUGAAUGGAUAUUGGGAAAUACAUAAAUAUGAGUUGGUGGAUGAAAGCGAGUUUUAAAAAAAUCGAUCAAGACAUUUGAGAGAGCAAUUUAGAAAGGAACAGAUCAUAUUAGAAAAUUUUUAGAAAUGAGAUAUAAUUUGGAGACUAAGAUGAAUCAUGGAAGAAUGAAUAGAGAAAAAUGUGGGUCAUGGUCUCAUUGAAAAUAUUAAAUGCUAGAUUUCUGUUUCAUCAGCCAAUCAAAUUCCUUGUUUUUAGUCGCUUUUAUACAGUUAUCAUAAUUUGUAAUAAAUCACAUUUUAAAGCCUCGUUAAGAUUUGGUAAGACAAAUCUGAGCAAUAUUUGUUAUAGCGUACUUAUAUUGUGAGACACAUCGCCUUAUGCUCAUCAGCGCGCUCACUACACACUUCAAGACCCGAAAUUUUAUGAAGUUGAUUAAAAUCACAGUGAUUUCAUUCUGAUGGCAUGAGCCAUAUUGACAUCAAAAGAAAUUCAUUGUGUUGACAUGAGCCAUGUUGACAUUUUAAAAAGUGUUAUUACAAUGUCACUAGUGUGUUCACAAAACUUGCACAUCUUUUGACCAAGUUAAUAAUGACUUCUAUGAGGAAUCUGAUUAGACAACAGAUUUUUGUUACCAUUUUACAAAAAUGAAUGUUCCAAAGUCAGAGAUUUUUUUUUUUUUUUUUUUUUUUUUUGGGGGGGGGGACUGAUCAGUCAAUGAGGUCAGUACACAGAAUGUUGCGGAACUUAGUUACACAGUCUGAAUCAGGCUCAAUCAAACAGGUCCAUGUGAUGAAAUCUGAAUUAAGAAAUAGAAUCAAUAAGAGUUUAAGGUUCAUUUUGUUAGAUAUUGAAAGACUGGUACAAUGAGGAAUUCCAAUGCAUACCAAAGAAAACAAUCCCAGUAUGGUCAUGGGCCUUGUUUCAUUUCACUUGUUAUAAAUACUUGACAUCUGUGGGAAAUCUGGUAUUUUGUGCAUUCGUCCAUCUCUUGUACCAAUAAAGCAAUUACAAUUCUUUUA